GGACAAUUUUGCAACAGUUGUUUUAAUGGGCACAUAAAGGAGAAACAUAAUUUAACGAGUGUAUAUAUGAAUCCCGAUUUGAGAUUCGUCUCGCAUGCUCUGUCCGUAUAUAUAACGACCCCGAUAACAACAACUGCCAACAAUUUCAUUUUCGAGCCCUCAAUCUCCACUAUCCCUUCCUUCCUUUUUCUUCUUUCGCUCUCUCUUAAUGCUAUAUUUCUCCUAAUACUAAUAUUUUCCUACGAUCUAGGGUUUUGUAUUCUUCUCCAACUAAUCAUGGCCGAUUGGCAGCAGUAUCUACAGUCGGUGAUCUUCGGCGUUAUUUUCUCUUUCCUCCUCGCCAAGCUUUUCUCUAUCAUCUUCGCUUUUCGCGACGAGAAUCUUCGUAUCACGCGUGGCGAUUCCUACGAAGUCGAACCGAACAUUCAAUCGGAGGAUACUACUACUGAGCCGCUAAUUCAGAGGAACGACGGCGGUUUAAACGGGAGCUCGGUGAGUAGCGGCGGCAUAGAAAGCGACGAUGAUUGGGAAGGUGUAGAGAGUACUGAGUUGGAUGAGGCGUUUAGUGCCGCGACGGCUUUCGUGGCUGCUACGGCAGCUGAUCGCUCGCAAAAGGUAUCAAAUGAGGUGCAAUUGCAGCUCUAUGGGCUUUAUAAGAUUGCGACUGAGGGACCUUGCACUGCUCCACAGCCAUCCGCUCUCAAAAUGACUGCCCGUGCCAAGUGGCAAGCAUGGCAGAAAUUGGGUGCCAUGCCUCCUGAAGAAGCCAUGGAGAAGUAUCUUGAUAUCGUGACUGAGUUAUAUCCUUCCUGGCUUUCUGGAUCUGAAACUAAAAAGAAGGACGAAGAAAGUAGUGUUGCACGUAAUGCAGAUUCUAGAGGGCCAAUGGGACCUGUUUUCAGUACCUUCAUCGAUGAGGAGGAAUCCGGAAACGAGUUAAAAUUGGAUGCAAUUCAUGCCUUUGCCAGAGAAGGGGACGAGGAGAACUUGCUUAAGUGCAUUGAGAGUGGUGUUCCUGUGAAUGUGAAAGACAGUGAGGGUCGUGCCCCCUUGCACUGGGCUGUAGAUCGUGGUCAUCUCAGCAUCACUAAAUUGCUUUUAAGCAGGAAUGCCGAUGUAAACGCCAAGGAUCUAGAGGGCCAGACAGCACUUCAUUAUGCUGCUGUUUGUGAAAGGGAAGAUAUUGCUGAGUUUCUCGUAAAGCAUGGUGCUAAUGUGGAGAUUAAGGAUAAUGAUGGUGACUGCCCUCGAGAUGUCUGCGAGUUGCACUGGCCUUGGUUGCAGCAGGCCACUACCCACAACUAACGUACACCAUAUCUUGUUCUUUUUCUCCUUUUGCUGAUCGAUCAUGUUACUGGUGUAGAUGCUUAUGUACCUAUUUUUCAUCCUAAGUGAAGGGAUUUUCUCUUCUAGAUUUUAAUACUAUCUUUUGAGCUUCUGCGAUGGCAUGGAGCAAAGAUAUUGCCACUUCAAGAAAGGAGUCACCAGACGUACAAGGGAUUCAUUGUUUUGCUUUUUAGGUUACUAUAUUGGUUGCUUACCCUUCUGAAUGUUGGGGUAACAUUGUUUCUAAUUGGAAAGUGAAAGCUAAAAUAUUAUCAAUUUUAUUA